GACACAAGGAAGAAGGAUUAAAAUACAAACACUGGAAGACAUGAAGGCAGCAUAAAUACAAAAGUGACGCAAACACAGGUGGCAGAGAGACAAAGACAGAGCGACUAAGGAACACGCACAAAGAAAGAAAGUUGCCAAGUUAAGAGGGAAAAGUGUCUGUAAUACAGACAUAAGAGGAUACACAUACCACUGGACACAACCACACAUGCUCAUACAAAUCACCCACGCAUUCAUUGGGAUUCAGGUGUGCAUAUGGAGAUCAAAUUUGAUGAUUCUGAACUGGGAAUGGAAUUGAUAGAAACUAAUUGUCACAAAGAAAACAAUGAAAGUGACCAUCCAAAAAUCAACCUUCAGCCUGAAGUGCAAAACAACAAUGGGGAACUGGUUGAAAAGGACCAAGAUGUGAAUUACAUCAUCAUGUCAGAUCCAGAUGGAGUCAUUUGUAUUGAUAGGAGACUGAAUGAUUUCACCUCUACUGUCAUUCCUGAAGUGGACAACCGAAAAGCACUUAUGCCUCCUUCCAUAUUGGCGAUUCCUCCCCCACUACCUCCUAAGCGCCAUCAGAGGCUGCCUGCAUUUGAGAAAACAUUAAACCAGAACCCACAAGUGAAGACCUUUAAUAAAGAGUAUAAACCCUUGAACUUACUGGCAUGCCAGAUGUCUCCUGUAUUGAGUGGAGUUAAAGGAAACAAUACAUGCUUGGGACUUGUCCCUGAGGAUGCACCUGACAUGCACAACUACGCAUAUGGAACUUUACCAAAAGUGGAACAAAAAUGCCCACCACAGCUCAUUCCAAGAUCUCCUCCGAUACCAGCUAUAAAACCUCCAUGGCCCAAUAAACCACAGAGAGCUGAGACAGAAGAAGGAAAUCAGAGAAGGAAACAAGAGGAAGAAUGGAGGAGACACACUGGAGAAAUAGAAGACCAGAGGAACAGGGAAGAGCAAGAUCUGAGUGAAAGAAAUGAGAAGGUGAAAGAGAAUGAAGAAACAUCUGGAAUAGAAAGUCAUCUGGAUGUGGGUAUACCUCCACGACAGAUCUUAAAUUUGCAUACAGACAAGAAGAAAGGUGGAGAAGAAGGAGAGGACAGGGGAAGGGAAGAAUCUAGUAACAUUGGGUUGACCACCAUGACAGAAAAUUCAUCCCUGCUACUGAUGGAGUGCUCAGACCUUAUCCCAGAUGAAGAACCUGACAUGGCAGCAAACAACAGAAACUGCACAUCUACAGAGACACUGAAAUGGACAGAAAAAAACAAAGAAAUCCAGAUGUCUGGUGAAAGCGGGCAAGAUUCUGGAGUAAUUUCUAAAUUGCCAUCUGGACAUCGGGAAGGGACAGAGGUGGUGGGGAUAAAGUUGGAUGCAUGUCAGCUAGGGCUGCAGAGGUUAGAGGACACACAGGAAACUGCUGAGAGACUUGUGAUUGGAGAACUGAAGCUAACAAGCCAGAGUACCAAGGCAAGACAAAAGGUGAAAAAGAUUGCCAAGAUGGUGAUGGUUAGACUGAAAGAGAAAAGAGAGGAGAAAAGAAGAAUCAAAGUGGAGAUGGAAAUGAAUAGAGUAAGAGACAAUCACAUUGUGACACAUGAGGUAGAAUGGGAGGAGGAGGAGGAGGAGAAUGAGGAGGAGGAAGAGAUUGAUGAAGAUACUGUGGACCAUGCUGAACUGGUGGAGAAGAUAGUUAAAAGAAAUAAUGCAACAUCUGACAGUCCGUUUGGCUCCUUCAAAGUCUGCAAUCCAGUGAAGCUGGUAGAGGAGCUCCUGUCAGGCAAAGAGUGGUCACAAUUCCUGUACAGAGACCAGAGCUCCAUACCUGAGCCACCUCCAUACCAGACCCACUCAGAGGACACAGCACAGCUCAGUCUGAACUCCCAGUUUUACUCUAGUGCUGAACUGGACCUUGCUCUCAAUGUGUUUGAAGGCAAGCCUGCUGUCCCAGAGGAGGAGCCUGUCUACGAGGAUAUCAGUCCAUCAAAUAUUAUCACAGGAAAGAGCCAAACACAUGAGCAACAGGAGAUGAACAGAACACCCAUUACUGCUGUACCAAAGAUAUUACUGGAGAGUGAAACCAGUCAGAUGAGCCUCAGGACUAAAUAUAUUUAUGACACAGUGGAGUUCAUCCAGCCUGGUCAGACAUGCAAGUACUUUUCUGAUAUUAAGUCUCAGGGGGUUCUGGACAGUUCCAUUAAGAAGUAUCUCAUCAAGCUGAGCAAGAAGAGGAAACACAGAGCACGGAAAUGGCAUCGUGACAGGAAUCAUGGAGAGAACCUUGGCCAGUCUCCAUCCUCCACCUCUCCACAAGUCUUCUCUGCCUCCAUCUUCUAUAAAAUUCCAGCUUCAGGAGGAGAGGAGGAACAGCAGGGCUGUAUAGCUAAGUCUGGAGGAAGCAGUCCCAGAUGUCUGGCCAAGAUGAAGUCAGCUCUGAAGCUGGGAGCAGCUCAGCCAAAGGAAGACAGAAGGAAGUAGAGGACAUCCUAUUAAAAGUUGUUUGAUAUUAACAUCAAUUAUUACAACAAAAUCAAAAAUUGCACCCUUUUUUGUGGAAUUAUAUGGAUAAUAAGGAGAAUGUGUACAAAAAGUAAUAAUGUUUUGCCUUGACUACCUACCAUGCAUUUGUUGGCUUAACCAAUGUGAUGGGUUUUCAGUGUCCUUUAAGUAAGAAUAUAAUGUCGUAUCUGUAUAAAUGUAGUGCUAUAAUACUAGAGAUAACUUGUUUUUUUAUACAAAUACAUUUUAUUAUUUAUGUCAAAACAAUAAAAUAAACAACAUUAUUGCCAGGCAUCACAUCUAGGCUACAUCAUAUUUAAUCGAACGUGGGGACAGCAAAUCUUUACACUGCAUAAUUUGUUUGUUUGUGGCAAAAAUAAAAAAGGAGUCAAAACAACUAUGAGGAUUUAGUAUCACGAAAAAGUUACAUCACAAAGGUACACAGAUUGAUCUAUAAAAUAUCAAGAGCCAGAUUUUAAAAUCAAAUGUGGUUGCAUAAACUAGUUCAAAUAUGCGGUCAGAUUAGAAAACAUUUCAGUCUUCAAAAUAUAGAUUUUCUUUGAUAUUGUUGAAGCUUGCCAAAGUCUCUAUCACUUUCGAUCUAUCUAUAUCUUCAAAUAUGUUUAAUGCCAUCUCAGUCCUCCCCCAAAGUCCUAUCAUUCUCAGUACUCCGUGUUAACCAGUAUAAUAGCGGGGGCAAUCUCCAAAAUAUAAAACAUCAUUCAAAACAGGAGCCUUUAUACAUGGCAUAAGAGCAAAACUGCAUGGGAAAUGGACAGUGAAGAAACUAUUCCUGAAGAGAUUUGUGAAGACAUCAUUUCACAUAUAUAUGCCUCUUUCUGUAUUCCACAUGGUUUAAUCCAAUUUAAGAAACAAGUACAUCGAUUACAUUAAUCCAAUGGCAAACUAGCCAAGCUAUAUUCUAAUGUCCCCCUAAAACGCCCCAGACUCCCAGUGUAGGUUAUAUGUUUUAGAUUUGUCAGCCUCUUUCCAGUUUUGGACUUCUGUUUUAAAAAUACUUUCUGCAUUAGGUGGGGAAACAGUAACUCCUAAACCUUUAACUGCAAUUUUGGGAGCAAUUGCAUUUGCAUCACUGCUUGCUUGCCAUCUUGUACUGCUUAAAUAGAUAGGGAAGGUGGCAUCUGAAAGGUGAUUCUGGAGAAAAUAAUGUAAUAUCAGAAUUGUUUUAAUUUAGUUACCUUUGUUUUUGUUGUUUUAAGUAUGUAUUUUGUGUUUAUAGAUUUGUGUUUGAUUUUUUCAUAGUUAUUUUUGGAUACAUAUAUGCAGUAUCCUUGCAGCUUUUUGUAAUCAAAAUGCCAUCUCUGAUGUGUGUCGGUGUGUGUGUGUGUGUGUGUGUGUACUCAGACAUUCCGAUUUCUGUAAUUUUGUGAUGGGAAGUUUUAUGAAUAAAGCUGUUAAAAAUGUAA